CGCAAUACGGUCACACUUGGCCUGCACAAUUUCAUCAGAAAGAGACAAAAACUGCGGACAUGGCUGGCGAGGAUCUGAUUGCCCAAUUCCAGGCGCUCGGGAUGAGCGAGCAGAAGGCGAAGGAGACCCUGAAGAAUGCCAACGUGACCAAGAAUCUCCAACUGGCGCUUGCAGCGGCAGGUUCAUCGGGCGCUCCUUUGACCGAUGGCACCGGCAUGCUGAUCUACCACAUGGCCACCAAGCUGAAGCCCCAGACGGCGGAGCAACUGCCUCUGCUGGUCCGCUACAUUGUAGAGCGCAAACUCGACAACACGCAGCGCGUGGACGCGGCCCUGGAGUAUGUGCUUAAGAGCGGCCAGAGCCUGAAGGCCAACAUCGAUUUGCAGGCGCUGGAGAAGGAGUGCGGCGUGGGCGUGGUGGUCACUCCCGAGCAAAUCGAACGCACUGUGCAGGCCAAGAUCAAGGCCAGCUACAGGGAUGCCUUGCUGGAGCAGCGCUAUCACUUCAACUCCUUCAAGAUCCUGCAGGAUGUGCGAGGCGAGCUGAAAUGGGCGGAUGCCAAGUCCGUGAAGGCGGCCAUCGAUGUGGAGAUAUUUGAUCUGCUGGGACCCAAGACGGAGGCGGACCUGAAGCCCCCAAGCAAGCAGAACGAGAAGCCCAAGGCGGCGGCGAAACCCAAGCAAGAAGAUGCCGCUGAGGCAGCUUCCGACGGAGCCACCACGAUUGCGGAACUGAUGAAGACAAAGGUGCACUUCCAUGCUCCCGGCGAGAACUUCAAGAGUGAUGGCUAUGUGGUGACGGAGCAAACAGAGCGACUUCUCAAGGAGCACUUGGCCAGGACGGGCGGCAAAGUGCACACCCGUUUUCCCCCAGAGCCCAAUGGCAUUCUGCACAUUGGCCAUGCCAAGGCCAUCAACAUAAAUUUUGGCUACGCCGCCGCACACGAUGGCGUGUGUUAUCUGCGCUACGACGACACCAAUCCCGAGAAAGAGGAGGAGAAGUUCUUUCUGGCCAUCAAGGAUAUGGUGGAGUGGCUGGGCUACAAGCCCUACAAGAUCACCUACUCCUCGGACAACUUUCAGCAGCUGUACGAGUGGGCUGUGGUCCUGAUUAACAAGGGACUGGCCUACGUUUGCCACCAGAAGGCGGAGGAGCUGAAGGGCUUCAAUCCCAAGCCGAGUCCGUGGAGGGAGCGUCCCGUUGAGGAGUCACUGCGUCUGUUCGAGGACAUGAAGCGCGGCAAGAUCGACGAGGGAGCGGCCACGCUGCGGAUGAAGGUUACCCUGGAGGAGGGCAAGAUGGAUCCGGUGGCGUAUCGCAUCAAGUUUAUCGCUCACCACCGAACCGGCUCCGACUGGUGCAUUUAUCCCACCUACGAUUACACCCAUUGCCUUUGCGACUCCAUCGAGGACAUCACCCACUCUCUGUGCACCAAGGAGUUCCAAUCGCGGCGAUCCUCGUACUACUGGCUGUGCAACGCCCUCGAUAUCUACUGCCCGGUGCAGUGGGAGUACGGCAGGCUGAACAUGAACUACGCCCUCGUUUCGAAGCGCAAGAUUGCCAAGCUGAUCACGGAGCAGAUUGUCCACGACUGGGACGAUCCCAGGCUGUUUACGUUGACGGCUCUGCGGCGGAGGGGCUUCCCCGCCGAGGCCAUUAACAACUUCUGCGCCCAAAUGGGCGUCACUGGGGCCCAGAUUGCCGUGGAUCCCGCCAUGCUUGAGGCGGCCGUGCGAGAUGUGCUCAAUGUCACAGCUCCCCGGCGUUUGGUUGUCCUGGAACCGCUCAAAGUCACCAUCAAGAACUUCCCGCAUGCGAAGCCCGUGCAGUUAGAUGUGCCUGAUUUCCCCCAGAACCCACAGCAGGGAUCGCACAAGAUCACCCUUGACAAGGUGAUCUACAUCGAGCAGGGAGACUUCAAGUUGGAGCCCGAGAAGGGCUACCGCCGGUUGUCACCUAAGCAAUCCGUGGGUCUGCGCCACGCAGGACUCGUCAUCAGCGUGGAGGAGAUUGUAAAGGAUAAGGCGACGGGCCAAGUAGUUGAACUCAUCUGCUCCAGCCAAUCUGCCGAGCAGGCCGAGAAGCCCAAGGCCUUUGUUCAGUGGGUGUCGCAGCCCAUCCAGCUGGAAGUGCGUCUCUACGAGCAGCUCUUCAAGCACCGAAAUCCCGAGGAUCCCAACGAGGUGCCCGGCGGCUUCCUCAGCGACAUCAGCGAGCAGUCCAUGUCGGUGGCUGUGGCCUUUGCGGAUAGGGCGCUCCAGCAGGCCAAGAUCUACGACAAGUUCCAGUUCGAGCGGAUCGGCUUCUUCUCUGUGGACCCGGACACCACCUCGGAGCACAUAGUGUUCAACCGAACGGUGGGUCUUAAAGAGGAUGCAGGCAAAAAGUGAUUUGCGUACAUGUUAUCCAGGAAAAGAAACAAAAACCGUGUCACAUUAAAAUUCGAUUUAUAAAAUCA